AUGGCUACAAUAACAUGUUUAUCUGACGAAAUAAUUAUUAUUAUUCUCCAAGAUGAGAACAUCAGCGUUAAGGACAUCGUGAGUUUUAGUUCCAAGUGUAAAAAAUUCUGGCCGAUUGUACAGUAUAACAGUCUUUGGAAAACAAAGUUUUAUCAAAGAUGUCCUUCCGCUAGAAAAAAGUUUAGUAUUGAAAAAAAAGAGAAUUUCUGCAAUUUAAAUUUUCAAGAGAAAAUAAAGAAAGGUUUAGAAUGUAUUAAAAUUAUACAAUAUUAUACAAUAUUGUCCGAUGAUGAAACUUCAUGGUCAGAUAAAGAAGAAGAAUUUAAAUAUUUUCUACAUUUUACAGUUAAAGAUUCUAUAAUUUAUUUUUUCGUUUCGGAUGAGUGCCGUAGGAUUGCAAAGUUACCAAGAUAUAAUUUUCAUUCAAUUUGCCAUUCCCUGAAACAAUAUCGACUUAUUUACAAGCUAUUAAAAAAAUAUCUAUUAAUGCCACGAGAAAAGUGGCUUGUAGAACAAUUGUAUAUUAUUAUUGCCCAAUAUUUUUAUCCACGAGUAUCUUAUUCGGUUGUGAAAACAUGGCUAGAUGAAGUUGCACAAGAAGUAUUACGCAGCCUUAAAAUUAAACAUCCAAAUCAUUUAAUAUUUUCUCUGUCUCCAGCAAAAUUUUGUUUUUGGAGAGAUAACAAUAUCGACGAUAAUUUCUGGGAUGUAAGAGAAGCAAAGCAAAUAAUGUGUAUUCUUGAUGAAUAUAUAUUUUCUGAAGAAAUGAAGAGACAAUUAUUUGAAUUGUUGAUAUUGUUAGACUUAGAAGCCUUGCAUUAUCUUCGUAGCCAGAAGGCUUGGUAUACUCUGUGUUCCAGAAGUAAUAAUGAAUGA